AUGUAUUUUAUCCCAGUUCCAGUUCCAGCUCCAGUUCCAUUCUACAUUUAUACUACUAGUAUAGCCAUGACUAAUACUUUAAUCAAGCCUGUAUCUGAAAACCCCACUUAUCCUAGUCUCGAUUUUUCACUACUAAGCGAUCAUUCGCUAUUAAAGUACGGAAAGAUAUUUGAUUUUGAUUCUAAUCUGCUCCAGGCAGCAUCAUCCCUUCGAGCAAGUCCCAUUAGUGCCCACUCACACAUUCGCAGCGCAUCAACACCCAUCCCAGUUUUACAUGCCAAACGACCGCGCGGAAGACCUAGUAAAUCUGCUAAACUGGUAAAUAUAAACGAUAUAAACCAUCCAGUGCAAACUGAGCGUGAUGCAUUGGUGGAUGCAGUCGCAAACCAUUUUCACCAACAUGAGAUUGACGAGGCAAAUGUGCUCGCCAAUUUCUUGUAUAGCAUAAACCAUCGAGACAAGAAACUCCGACUUCCACCACAAAUGAUGCAGUUGAGGCAAUCUUUCAACUAG